AUGUCCAAGCUGCACCACCUGAAAACCAGCAACGUCGACGUCUUCCUCCCCGGGCCCAUGCCGGCACUAAGAUCCCUCGACGUCUGCUGGAUAGAUAAGAAGCCCACGCAGGUUGCAUCUCUCACCGCGCUCCUCACCGCCUCCGCAACAACCCUCAAAAGCCUCGCCCUCUGCCUCACCGCAAUCACUGUACUGGCACUGGAGCAGCUCGCACUCGACAUCCCGGCGCUCACGCAGCCAAUUGCGGCAGCGCUCAGUAAAGUGCUAGACCUCUCGCGGGGGUUGCUGCUGGACCUGCGGACUUUGCGCGCCCCGAAGCUGUGGCCGCCGUUUCCGGAUCCGAGGCGGGAUAGCGGACCGGAAGCGCGGCAGAGGGAGCUGGUGGGCAAUGCAGCGCUGAGGUGUCUGUAUGUUGAUGGGCCGGCGGACAUGUUCGUGGCAUCGUAUAAAGGGCUGGAGGAGCUCUGCUGCGAGAUGGAGGUUUUUUAUGUGCGCGUUCUGGCGGGGCAUGGGGAGACGCUGAGAAGGCUGCUCUUGGUGCGCAUGCAAGGCUUGAUGGUAGAGGAGGUGUGCGGGAUGGCGGAGGGGUGUCCGAAUAUUGAGGAUCAGCUGAAGAUGCUGGUGUUGGAUGGCGAUUAUGAGUCUCUUUCCGCAUCAAUAGCAACCCUGCGCAAGCGCCACACGCUCUCCCUCACCAUCUAG